CGCGCUCAUUGGCCGAGGCGAUUCCGCUCGCUCCGCCUGCGACUCGCACGAGGGAACAUGGCGGAAAAGGAGACGAAGAGGGCGUCCGAAGCUGGGUUCGCCAAGCGAAUCGACACGGCGAAGGAACCGCUCACCCCCGAGCAGAUUCAGUUCAUCCGGAGGGCGGAGGUGGAGCAGUGGAAGAAGAAAACGCAGAAACUUCGGGCCCGUAAUGUUUGGACGGGCCUGGCGAUCGGCGCCGUUGUCGUCGGUAUCUACGGCUACACGUUCUAUUCCGUGUCGCAGGAGAAGAUCAUGGAUGAGAUUGACAAGGAGGCGAGUGUGGCACUGGCGACCAGGGGAAAGACCACAGCGAACUGAAGCCCCUUUCCACGUGGGUCGGGUGCCCACGCUCCCCUCUGCAGUGGACAGUGUGCUCCUUUGUGUCAGCGACUUCCUCUCUCUGUCUCUCUCAUGCUGCAUGUCCAGAUCAUGCGUGCGGUGAUGAGUGCAUUUUGGAGACAUGCUGAAUGGAGCCAGGCUGCCCGGUGUUUGGAUAAAGGCAAUGCCUUAAAGACGACAGUGUGUUUUGUGAGCUUUGAUAAGUGCUUCUGAUCGUAAUUUGAACUACUCUAUAGUAGUUAUCAAAGUAUUUUUUUAAUAGUGUAAUAAAUGUAAUUGAACCAUAGUUGAGUGAUUGGCAUGAAAGUUUC